CCAAAGGAUUUCGAAGCCAAAAGCAACGAGCCACGAGACAGAAACACAGACUGGCCAUGGGUGGCUAAGAUUCUACAACUGACUUGCUGCAUCGAUCAAGUUUCCACUGUUUAUCUCUCUACUAGAGCAAGUAUCAAUCUAUAUAUAAACCAUGCCCGCCCCAAACUCUCGUCCUGUCCAUCCAUGUGUGAUGCCUGUGUUUCCGGGAGGCAGUCGAGGAUCUGAGUAUUCGACCUGGGCAUACAUAACCACAAGACCUCCCAAUUGUCCCAACUUGGUGACAGCUCAAGCAUCCACUCUGGUUGUCUAUACACUCAAUGAAGCGUCUGGGAAGCUGUGCAAACAUCUCGAAUUUCCCGAUUUGGCAGGAAAUAUUUGCUAUUUGGAAACCUUGCCAGCGGCAGACGAUCCCCAAGACAAUGAUGGAACGACGACAACUGCAUCUUCCACUGCUACAAGUACAUGUAGUAACCAUAUCCAGAUGGAUUCUUUACUGGUGGGGUUUUGCGGUCACCCUCAACUGGCCAUUGUCAAAUUGGCCGAUAAAUCAGAACUGUCCACUUCCCCCAAAGUCUUGUCGGCAACCAGUUUGAUGGAUUUGACACAACCACUCAUUGAUAGUUCGAGUGGAUCCAUUACUCCAUUGGACCAAGAUCUCAUGGCCACCACUGUCAUUGCCAAGAACAAUGCCGAUAGAGGCACUGUAUCCGUCACUUUGGGAGGAGGAGUUGCUGUGGCUUGUAUUGAUAUUCUACGAAAACAAGGAGGAUGGAUUGCCACGGAACCAUUCCUUCUCCCACUCAAACGAUUGCAAGCAUCCGUGCGCAUGUCCCAAAACAGUGGCAAGACAGUGAUGACCACCAGCAGUAGUAGCAAGAAUCCAAACUCAAACGCGCAGACAGCAGCGUCAUCCUCAACUGUCGCUUCCAUUGCUACAGGAUUUGGAGAUAUCAUCUCUUCAACUUUUCUGCCAGGAUACAGCGAACCCACCUUGGUGCUCCUACACUCCCAGUUGUAUGGUCACGGCAGAGUUUGGUCGGGGCGAUUGGGAAGACCACAUUGGCAACCAGGUGCUCGCACGAACAUGGUACUCACCGCCAUAAGUGUCACGGUAGCACACAAGCGGUCGGCUGUACUAUGGUCCGUGGCUGUUCCAAUUGAUGCUAUCAAGGUACACCCCAUGGGAUCUUUAGGAUGUCUCGUUGUAUGCACCAAUUCGCUUUGUGCCAUUAGUAAUGCGGGGAGAAUUGAAGACGUACUCGCAGUCAAUGGAUACGCUAGAUCCACCUGUCCUACGAGAUUGCUGGGACUACUCAAACCAAACCCAAAACCAUUCCCCAAGCUCGCCAUUCAAUUGGAUGGAGCCGAAGUGGCAUUUUGCUCUGACCGAACCGCCUUUGUGGCGUUGCGGACGGGAGCUUUGCAUGUUCUACAAAUGCAACUCAACAGUGACAGCCGUAUCGGCAGCAUGAAAUUGACAUUGUUUCCUGUGGGAAGGUCUCUGGGAGCUUGUGGCAAUGUUGCAAACCUACUGGCUUGGCCAUUAGCAACACUUGCAGGAGGACUAUACGACAAAAUGACAGAAAAAGACAAGAAAGAUGACAGUAGUUCCUUGUCCAUGGGCUUGCUCUUUGCAGGAAGUCGACUCGGAGAUUCCUAUCUACUCGGAUAUGCCUUUGAGACAGUGACGUUGCCUUGGGAUGAUGGAGAUAAUGACAAGGCACAAGACUCUGUUGUUGAGUCAAAACACAGUGACGAGGGGGUAUUAAACUACAAUUCGCUGCCAAUCAUGGUCUCGCUGGAAGAAGAUGAAAUCAUGCGACUGGAGGAAGAGGCUUUGUACGCCCCUUCUAGCACUGAUGACACACCCGACAACGCCAAACAAUCAACAACACCAAAUGUGGUCCCACCAAGUGACGAUGAAACAGACACUGCGGCUUCAGCUAUUGCGUCCAAACGUGGGCCCACCCGGGUGGUCGAGGCGGUGAUACUGAGGGCAGUCAAUCCUUUGGAUACCGUUGUGGGAUUAGGGCCCUUGGUGGCUCCCUGUCAAGGGCCCAUUGCUUCUCGCACUGUACCGCCACAAGACAAUGCAAUCAACCAAACGCCACUGUCCGUUCCAGGGGUGACGGCAAUGGUUUUUCCGUGUGGCUUCGGGUCGAGUGGUGGUCUGGCCGUGCUCACUCUUCCGGGUCAGGACGAACGAUCCAUCUUGUCAGAAGCGGACUGCCUGGGCGUGGAAGCUGUGUUCAGUCUUCGCAAACACCGUCUUGUGUUGCUGGGCAAGGCCGAAGCUGGGAUCAAAGCACUUCGAAUAGAGCAGAACAAUGCAAGCCAGGAAGGGUUGGUCUUGAUGGAGAUUGAUUCGGAAGAAUACCUGUCGGCAGAAACGACAGACGAUUCCCAGGGCUGGAGCGCAAGGGAACUGUUCCUGAACGCAACCUUGGUUUCGUGCUCUGACUUGUCCAGCGGCGCUUUUUGCGUGGCAGUGGCUAUUCGGCCCGAAAACGAGAGCGCACCAAGCUACGGAAUUGGAGUUCUGAAGGAAACCUCGAACGUCCUCAAUCUCGUUUCUUUCUUCUGGAUUCCGUCGCAAGACAAGGGUAACAUUGUGAACGUUGCUCCAAUGAUGGCUUGCAGUCAUGAAAACCGCUCUGCAGUUGCUAUCACGUGCACAUGGUCUACAGGAUCUGCGAGCUUGGUGGCGUUUGACCAGUCUGGCGUUCUCAAAUGCGUUGAUAUCGCGGGAUCAGAUGAUGUCACUCAUCCUUCUGAUGCCAUGGAUGUUGAUGAAGCCGAACAAGAAGGCAAUCAAAGUAGCAAGAGCUCGCGCGUUGUUGCUGUCGAUUUGUUCCACGCCCCUUCGAAUUUCUUCGCUGCGUCGACGGCUGCUGCCACGGGGUCCUCUGCCGGGGAUGCUAGUGGCGGGGCCCGAACAGGUUAUUCACAAAUGGAUCAGGACGAAGACGAUCUAUAUUUUGUUUCAAAAAGCGCGACAAAGUCAGCAGAGGGGUCCUCAAACUUCACUGAAAGGGUUGGACAAUCGGAAGCCGAGCAAUGGAAGCCCAAAGCUCUCUUUGUGGCAGUUUGCCGCCAAAACGGCAAAAUGGAAAUCCGCUGUGUUGCUGACAUGCUCACAGGCAACGAGGAGGCUCUGUGGUCGACUUGGGGUUGUGCUCACGGACAGACUUCGCUGUCAGGCAUGAGUACGAGGUCAGCACGACAAUACGAAGCCACCGUCUAUGAGAUACGGUUUUUCUUCUGUGGGCCUUCAACAGAUGAUGAGGAGGAAUAUUUUUCUCCUCGGCCGCUCUGCCUUGCCAUUGAAACUUCCAAUGGAGACCUUCUCUUGUAUGCUGCUGACCCGAGGGAUGGGCCAGAGCAGAGUUGUCGGUUUACACGAGUGCCGCUGGGAACGGUAUCACGAGUCAGCCAGGAACAAGGAAGGUUUCACGCGAAGUUGAAACGAAGGAAAAUCGUCAGCAACAAUUCCACACUUAAACGAGUGGCAGGUCCCGAUGGCAGCCUUCCGUUCCGGCACAUCAAACUGCAUCGUUUUCUCUCUCUAUCAGGCCAAGAUGGCCUCUUUGCUGCCGUUGCGCGCCCUCUGUGGUUCUGUUCUGACAGAGGUCAGCCUGUGCCUGUUGUGCACAGGGCACGGCACGCUGCUCCUGCAGGCGGGAAGGCGUACCCAUUGUCAGGAUUCUGUUCUGAUCUGGAUGAAGAUGGUGCCUUCAUUACUGUUCAUGAAAGAGUUGGCAGAUUUGGUACUCAGAGGUUGUCUGUGCACAAAGAGAUUAGCCCCAUAUUUCAAAGAGACGGGUUGCUGCCAGGAGGUGGCUUCCUAUUUGAAAAGAUCAAGUUGGGUGUUACAGUUCGGCGGAUCGAGUACAUCGCAGACAGCCCUGUGGCAUCUGGAGGGAGUUGCCUUUACGCUGUACUCGUCUCGCGAGAGCUAGACGCCGACUCGAGCAACCUGAACGACGAUGGGAUAACUCAAGAAGAACGAGAACGCAUUGCACAAGAAAAGGAGAAAGCCAAAAUUCAGCGGCAAGUGGAAGCAGAUCUGGGUGGCUUUGACGUUGAGCAAGAGUGGGUGGAGGAAAUUGAACGAGAGGACUGUUUCCGGAUUGAUAAGGAGCUGGGUGGGGCUCCACCAUUGACACGAACGGCUUACUCGCUUUGGAUCGUAGAUGCAGGGAAGGGUUGGAUUGUUUUGGACUCUUACGAAUUCGGAGAACAUGACCAUGGGUUGGCAAUGCAAGUAAUGUCGCUGACUGAUUUCCCCGAAGAACCCGGAAGCUCCAACGCCAAUCAAGAUUCUGAGGACAUGGGAAGUAUACAAUUCAUCACGGUUGGUGUGGGUGUGGUCGACAAGAAUGGUGAAGACGUGAGCGCCAGGGGCCGAGUUCUUUUGUUUGAAUUGAGGGGUGAUACUCAGGGGCCAAGUGGUUUGGAGAUGGCGCUUGUAUGCGAAAAAGAAAUCUUCCACGGCCCAGUAUCGAGCCUCAGCUGUCUCGUUUCGGAAGGAAAACAUAGGUUGAUCAUCGGUGCAGGAGCUGACGUCAACGUCGAACAGUGGGGGAAUGGGAAGCUGACGCAAGUUGGCUUCUUCAGAGCUACAAUGCAGAUUCUGGAUAUCUUCAUGUUCAAGAACUUCUUGCUGCUUAGCGAUGCCUAUGAUUCGUUGUACUUUCUUGUGUUUCGUGAAUCUGAUAAGAGUCUGACGUUGCUAUCGAAAGACUACGAUCCGUUGUGUGUCUAUGCCGCCGGGGUGCUGAGUCGCGGGGGAAACGCCACCUUUGUUACCCAGGACGAUCGGCAAAAUGUCCAGUUUUUCCAGUACGCCCCGGGCGAGGCCGCAGCACGUGGUGGCAAUAAGCUUGUCUGUCGGGGCGAUUUCCACCUGGGUUCUCAAACGACAGCUUUUCGGAAUCACUCUUGCAGGUCCAGCUUGUGGAUUAACAGUGCUUCGCCAUCCAGUACCUUGGCUGCGUUAAAGCAACAAGAUGCCUUAUUUGGUAGAUCAGAGGAUGACCAGAGACUCGGUGUUCAUUUUGGAACGACUGAUGGGGGCUUUGGGGCAAUCAUUCCAUUGAGCGAACCAGUGUACUGGCGCCUUGCUGCGUUACAAAGUGUCAUGGCCAAUGCUCUGGAGAGUGACUGUUCGCUGAGCCAACGAGCUUGGAGAUUAUACAAACGUUCGCACAGAAGAGGAGGGUGCCGCAGCACAGACAGGAAGAAAGGUGUUAUUGAUGGCGGUCUCAUUGUGAAGUAUGCGGAUCUUCCUGUUGGUGACCAAGAGGAUUUGGCCAGCGCUAUUGGAUCGACUGUUGACCUAAUUCUGGACAACAUUCUGGAAUUGAAUUGCUCCAUCUCGGUCAUCUAAUCAAAAUUACCAGUCUUUAGGCUCCGUCGGGAAGUAAAAGUAGACAAGUAGUGAUUGAACUUCUAAGUAAUGAAUUCAACACGAGAACCCACC